AUGGAAAAUGAAAAUAAUAUUUGCACCAAGAGUGACAUACCAAGAAGUAAAGCAAUAUGGAAUUCAGAGAGUUUGAAUUUUUUCUUAGACUUCUGUAUCAAAGAGGUUGAUGAUGGGCAUCGUCCUACUACUUAUUUAGAUAAAGUUGGAUAUGUAAACUUGAUUACAAAUAUGAAGAAAGCAACUGGAAGAGAUUACACUAGACCACAAUUGAAAAAUAAGUGGGAUGGAUUAAAAAAUGAAUGGAAGCUUUGGAAGCAACUCAAGGGAAAAGAAACUGGCUUAGGAUGGAAUAUAAAAAAGAAUACAAUUGAUGCAACUGAAGAUUGGUGGAAUAGUAAAUUACAGAGUCAUCCCAAUGCUGCAAAGUUUCGCAUUCGGGGAAUUGAACCAGAGGUAGAGGAAAAAUUAGAUAGGAUUUUCAUGAACACUGUUGCUACAGGAGAGUAUGCUUGGACACCUUCAUCUGGAAUAAUUCCAUCUGAGUCUGAAAAAUCUUUUAACAAUAUUGAAACCUUACAUGAACAACUUGAGAGUAGUGAUGAUGAUCUAGAGAUGCCUAAUACUGAUAGAUUUCUUAGAGAGAAAAAUAACAAGAGAUUAGCCGAGCCACUUGAGAAACAAAAUAAAGCAAUGAAACAUGGAAAAGGAAAAAUGAAGAAGACAGGGCCUUUAAUGAUAUUUGAACAAAUUGGUCGCCUUGCUGAUGCUGUGGAGACAAGGAGUAGAAAUAUUGAAACAGCUAGAAAGGAGAAUAGUAUUACCGAAGUUAUGAAAAUUUUAAAUUCUUUGCCUGGAAUUGAGAAAGGGAGCAGCUUGUAUUUAUUUGCAACUCGCUUGUUUAUCAUGAAAGAGAUGAGAGAGAUGUUUGCUUCAUUGGAAGAACCUGAGUUGAUGCUUACUUGGCUCAAGAAUGAGCAUACUCUGGGAUAA